AUGAUAUUUUUCAUCAUAUUCUUUCGCCUAAUAGGGAGACAAUGUGCCAAAAACUUAUUCCUUAAGAUGAAGUGGAACGAUACUCAAUGUCGAGAGAUUUUAACAGGCCAAAUCAUCAAGUUCUGUUUGAAAAUGUAUCCAUUAUUUAACAGAUUACCGCAAUUGAUCAAAAUAGCAUCACAAAAUAGAGCUGUUAGCUUAAGUUUACCAACAUGGAUUGUAAAUUUCAUUAUUGACAGUACAUAUGUUUCGAUAAAUUGGGAAUACACUCUACUAGAAGGAUAUCCAGAAAUUUGUGGAGUAUUAGAAGAUUUAGUAAUACUCACAUACAUUGCUUUGAUACGAAAGAAAUUUAUUAUAUGGAAAAUAUCAAUAUUAACGUUUUUCUUUGCUUAUUUUCUGCACAUCAAAGGCUUGCUUUCUAACGAAUUAUAUCUUUUUUGUUUAACCGUUUGGGAAUACUUCGAAGUCCCUCCUCCAUAUUUACAAUUAUUUUCUUUAUACAAAGCGAAUCAAAUCGGUAGUUUGUCCUUUAUUUCAAUAUUUUUAGAGCUAUUUACGUCGAUAUUGAGAUUGAGAGCUUCUAUUAUUCAAACAAUGCACUUACCUCGCGUAAUUAUAAUAGCAAUUCGCCUUUUAGGCUACCUUUUGCUUUUUGUUUAUAUGUUGUAUAUUAGAUUAAGAUGGAAGAAAAUAGUUGAUCCCCAUAAACGUACAGAUUAA